CUCGCCGGUAAACGUUGGAGUUAGUUCGAGUGAUAAUUUUUUAUCACCCCUAAAAGUUAUGCUGCGGUAUAGAGGUUUUAAACAAGCACUUGAUGCUGUAUCCCGGCUCGACGGCUUUCCCAAAGUAAAAGAAGAAUUCGUACAAUCAACUAGAGUCGGAGGAACGCUUUCCCUCAUAAGCAGACUGGUGAUCAUCUUUUUAGUGUACCAUGAGGUAUCUUACUAUUUGGACUCUCGAUUGAUUUUCACCUUCCUGCCGGAUACGGAUUUGCAGUCGAGACUGAAGGUGCAUAUUGAUCUGACGGUGGCGAUGCCAUGCAAGUCGAUAGGAGCAGACAUUCUAGAUUCGACGAACCAAAAUGUUUUUUCGUUCGGAAUGCUGCAGGAGGAGGACACAUGGUUCGAGCUUUGUCCAAGCCAGCGCGUACACUUUGACUAUAUGCAGCAUCAUAAUUCGUAUCUUCGCAAUGAGUACCACUCAAUAGCAGAGAUCUUAUACAAAUCGGACCAUGCCGUGGUUUAUAGUAUGCCGGAACGUGCGAUAAUACCAACCAGGCCGCACGACGCGUGCCGCAUUAGCGGUGAUCUCACGUUAAACAAGGUUGCCGGAAACUUCCACAUUACCGUUGGCAAAACGAUUCACUUUUCGAGUGGUCAUUUUCAUCUGAGUAGCAUUUUUGCAAACACACCAACCAAUUUUUCGCAUCGCAUUAAUCGGUUUAGCUUCGGCGAUCACACCGCUGGAAUUAUACAUCCUCUAGAGGGCGACGAGAAAAUCUUCGACAAUGGUCAGCUGAUGAUGCAGUAUUUCAUCGAAGUUGUGCCGACGGAUGUUCAAAAGUUUUACUCCCAAUCCAAAACAUACCAGUACACGGUGCGAGAGAAUUUUCAGCUGAUUGAUAUUGAUAAGGGAAUGCAACGCGUCGCGGGCAUUUACUUCAAGUACGAUAUGUCCGCGCUGCGGGUGAUCGUACGCCAGGAUAGGGACAGUAUUGCACAGUUUAUCGUGAGGCUAUCGUCGAUUAUCGCAGGUAUCGUGGUAAUUUCACGACUGCUCAGCAAAGGCAUGCACCUGGUUGUAGAGCUCUGCUGCAGAAGCAGCGGCACCAUGAAGGAAGAUGCGAUCCUGGUACCGAAUGAGAAAUUCCUCAAAGGGUCAAUCGUCGUAAGUUAAGAAGGUUUAGGGAACCUCCUUAAAAGGAGAUAAAUAAUUUUGCGCAGUCUCGUUAAAAUG